CCGUCAGAAGAGAAGGCAUCCGCUGCUUGAGCAGCAAGCACUGUGGCACAGUGCUACAGACGGCAGCAUAGACGAAGCAGUCCUAUAGCGUUAUAUGAAGUAGCCAUACAGGCUAUUCAUGAGGAACUACCAAGUACCGAACUCUCUCCGGACCAUUAUGAUACAACCUAGGAACUAACAGAGAUGGCAUCUUUGGGACUUCUCAGCAAACUGCAGGCUGGAGUUAUCAGUCGCGCUUUGCCACUACGCUCUCUCUUCAAAGCGACAGCUAACCAAGUCUAUUUAACAGAGAGGACCCAGCCCAACGUGCACCAGUGGAGAUGGCAUCCAGUCGCCUUCUGCAGCUCUCUAGCUCCCUCCAAUGAUGUGGCUGUGCACUACAAACAUGGGCGGCCUUCGUUGGCCUUGCCACUGCCCUCUAGGAGAGAGGAGUGUCUCUUCUUCCUGAGGCCCAUGCUCAUGACUGUUGGGGACUUCAUAGAGGACCUCCAGAGAGAGGACCCUGGCAUCACAGCAGCAUCUGUGCUUACAGAAGAAGGGGAGAAGGUUGCAUUCACCACCUCUGUUAGCACACUGCUUAACAACAAUUUCAAACUGGUCAUCAACGACACCGUCUACAACGUGAGUUCAGCACAAGAAGAGACGGCCAGUCAGGAGCAUGCCAUGGGCAUGGAGGAUGUGCAGCAGGUGGUGCACCUGCUGCACACAGCCCUCCACCUCCCUAGUCACCACAUCCUGAAAGAACGGGAACUACUGGAGAAACUGGACGGCCUCAAGCAGGAACUUACUCCAAUGGAAAAGCUGAAGGCUCAACUAGUUAAGAGGGCAGAGAAUAGCUCCUCCCGGGCGAUAUGGGGGGGCCUGGCUUUGCUCUCGGUGCAGGGUGGAGCUCUGGCCUGGCUCACCUGGUGGGUCUACUCCUGGGAUGUCAUGGAACCUGUUACCUACUUCAUCACCUAUUCUACCAGCAUUGGAAUUUUUGCCUAUUACGUACUCACAAAACAGGACUAUGUGUAUCCAGAUGCAAAAGAUAGACAGUUCUUAAAUUAUUUCCACAAAAGUGCCAAGAAAGCCAACUUCAAUGUGGAAAGAUACAAUCAGUUAAAAGAUGAACUGGCUGAGGUGGAGGAGGACUUGAAACGCCUGAGGAAUCCAAAUCAACCGCAGCUGCCCCCCUGAACAAAUUCAGCCCCAAAACUGAAUCAAAAUGGAUUGCCUCUUUAACCAUCAUACCGGUGCCUUUUUAUAUCAUCUUAAGCAUUUAAACACUCCAACAGAGCAACAUUUCCAAGUGCAUUUCAAGAAUUUGAAAUAAAGGUCAUGAAGAAGUGUU